CACAUUAAAAUGAAAGAACAGGUUCUCGAAACGGCUCCUCGAAAAAUCAAACAUAUUCAAUUCAGUGUGCUUUCUCCACAAGAGAUCGUCAAAAAUGCACAACUGGCCAUUACUCAUCGCGAUCUUUUCAAUGAGAAUCGAGCUCCAAUGGAAAAUGGUGUCCUAGAUACGCGCUUGGGAACUUCAGAUCAUGACAUACUUUGCGAAACAUGUGGUGAAAGAAUGGCUCAGUGUAUUGGCCAUUUCGGUUAUGUCAAGCUGGUUUUACCAGUAUUUCACAUUGGUUAUUUUAAAGCUGUUAUCAAUAUGUUGCAAAAUAUUUGUAAGUCAUGUAGUCACGUCUUAUUGGAAGAAGACGACAGGCGAUCUUAUUUGAAACGAAUAAGAAGUUGUAAAGAGUCUGCAGCACGUGCAAAAAUAGAAAAAUCUAUAAAUUUAUUAUGUAAAAAAACAGUAGAAUGUCCGUACUGUCAUGCGAUUAAUGGUUCUGUAAAAAAAGUUGGCGCAAUUAAAAUUGUUCACGAAAAGUUUAAACCAAAGAAAGCGGUUGAUGAACAAGAAAUUUUUAAAAGUACUUUCAUUAAUGCUGUAGAAACCAUGCCAGAAUUAAAAGCGCAUUUACAUAAGGCACAAGAAGAUCUGAAUGCAAUGAAAGUACUCGAUAUAUUUAAAAAAAUAUCCGAUGAUGAUUGUGAACUACUCGGUUUGGAUCCACAAAACGCGAGGCCUGAACUUUUUAUAUGGCAACGAAUUCCAGUACCACCUGUUGCAAUUCGUCCUUCAAUUGCUCAAGAUAACGCGAGACAUUAUUAUGUAACUACAUUAUUAUUUUCAACUCUCCAACUUUUUUAUUCGGAAGAUGAUUUGACUGUGAAAUUAUCUGAAAUUGUCCAGACGAAUACUAAUAUUGCUGCAGCUUUGAGUAAAGGAAUCACUAUCUCACAGUUGGUGGAACAAUGGGAUUAUUUACAGCUAACAGUCGCAAUGUACAUUAAUAGUGAAAUGCCAGGGCUUGGGAAUAUGGCGGUAGCAAAGCCGAGUAGGGGUUUAUGCCAGCGAUUAAAAGGAAAGCAAGGAAGAUUUCGUGGAAAUUUAUCUGGAAAGCGUGUUGACUUUUCAGGCAGAACAGUAAUUUCACCUGAUCCUAAUUUGCGAAUUGAUGAGGCAUCAGUACCUGAGCUAGUUGCGAAGGUUUUGACUUAUCCGGAAAGAGUAUUUGCACAUAAUAUAGAGAAAUUACGCAAGUGUAUAAUGAAUGGUUCAGAUGUGCAUCCUGGUGCAAAUUUUGUCAAAAAUAUGUCCGGAGGGAAAAGAUACCUUAAAUACGCAGAUCAAUCAGCAAAAGACGCAUGCGCUGCUGAACUACAAAUUGGUGAUGUAGUAGAACGUCAUUUGAGGGAUGGCGACGUGGUUCGUGUUAAGCCGUGGCGAACAUUUCGUUUCAACGAAUGCGUAUGUACGCCUUAUAAUGCCGAUUUUGAUGGUGAUGAAAUGAAUCUUCAU